AUGGCUGGAAUAUUUCAUGGAGAUAAUCUCUUGAAUGGCUUGGCUCAUUUCAUCAAAGGCGGCGUCUUCUUCUUCUUCGGCAUCAUCACCUUACUCCGCUUCGUUGGCUCCCUGUCUGGGCUUGGCUGGGCGUGGAAUCUCAAAGCUUCGGGUCCUUCAUCUCGGAGCUGGCAUCACUCCGUCACCAUGGAAGGGCUUGAAUGCUUGCUCAUCUUCAUCUACGGAAUCAGCAAUGUUUUUCUCGAACAUCUCUCUGCGUGGGGAGAGGCGUGGACGGCGCAGGAUCUCGAACAUGUCGCGAUAUCGCUCUUGUUCAUUGGCGGUGGGCUGUGCGGCAUGAUGGUUGAGUCCCGGACGGUGUCUUGGACAUGGUCGAUUCCAAAUACCAGCACAGACAGAGUCGCUCUCGGUUCGAACGAAAGGCACACGUUGACACCCGGAUGGUCGACCAACCCCAUCCCCGCUAUGAUUAUCUUCCUGUUAGGCACAAUCCUCGCGGGCCACCAUCAAAACAGCACGGAAUCUACCAUGAUGCACAAAUGGGUGGGCAACUUCCUCACCGCAGCAUCGGUGGCGAGGAGUCUCACGUACUUAUUCCUCCACAUUGCCCCCGCGAGAUCUCAAUCACCGUCCCGACCUCCAACCGAGCUCGUCACGUCGUUUUGUCUCAUGUGCGGAGGUCUGAUGCUCAUGGCUAGCAACAGAGACACGGUCGAUGCCAUGAUGGAAAAUGAGCUGAACGCAAUGCUAGUGGCCUCGGUCAUGAUGGGCCUCACGGCUGUUUUGAUGGCGUGGUGUUUGGCCGUCGUUGGUAUCAAGGAGUGGGCGCAAAGGGGGAGGGAGAGAUAUACAGAAGAACAAGGAGAAAUGGCAUUGGAGUGA